AACAAAAGGAGAAAGAGAAAGCGUUGUCUCUUUCUUGCUCGUCGCCCACGCCCAGGCGGAGAGGCGAGGAGAGCGAGGCGAAUCCGUCUCCUUUCUCGCGCUUCCAAAGGCUCCUCUCCUUCCCGAUCGAGUAGAGGGCAACUGGGUUCGAUCGUCAGGGGGAGGAGGAGGAAUCAAGAAGCGGGUAGAAGAUGUUCAAGCUGCAUCGGCACAGGUCCGACAGAUUCGGGGAGAAGGUCGAGUUCAAGCUCUCCAAUCUACAGGCCAUCAAGGUUCCUAGAGGAUGGGAGAAACUUUUUCUUUCUAUUGUGUCAGUAGAUUCUGGAAAAACGAUUGCUAAAACCAGCAAAUCUACAGUAAGAAGCGGAAAUUGUCAGUGGACUGGAACAGAAUCUAUAUGGGUGUCCCAAGAUGAUGUGUCUAAAGAGCUUGAAGAAUGUCACUUUAAGAUUGUGGUUUCCCCGGCUUCUGCUAGAUCUAUCAUUCUUGGUGAGGUUACCUUGAAUGUAGCAGAUUAUCUGGGUAAGGAAGAAUCUGGCCCUCUCUUCCUUCCAUUAAAGAAGUGUGAUUCUGGGACAACUUUACAGGUCAAAAUUCAGUGUGUGACCCCAAAAUCAAAAUUCAGGGUUGGAAAAUCUUGGAAAGAUACAACUUCUCAUCUUGAAGAUCACAGUAAUAUUGAUGACCUGGACAGCAAGUCAGAUGGAUCUGACAAUUUAUUCAAUAGGAAUCUUGGAUCUUCUUCAAGUAAUCAUUUGGCCAAUACUUCCUAUCCAGAAGAACCUGGAAAUAGGGAGACAUGCUUCUCAGCAUCGGGGUCACAUCGUAGUUCUGACUCAGGGGAUAGCUUUGGUCGGACAGCUUUUUCCCCCAAAAACAGCUUGAAUGGGGGUCAAUACAUUGGAAGACUAGAUUCAUCAGGUUCACAGAUUAGUGCAACUUAUAGUGCUGGUCCUGGAGAUGAGCUUUUGAGAUCAAAUCCAUCAUCUUUCAAUUCUAGGGCCUCAGGUUCUUCAUUGCAUACCAAUAAUUGGCAAGACAUUACUCAACGGACUUCUAAUAAUGGACUUGCAACACCAUCAUUAAGGCCCACUGGUUCUUCAAAGGAUCUUCUUGAAGCUUCUGAAGAAAUAGAGGAACUCCAUGAUGAAGUUAAGAUGUGGGAGAGACAUUCUCGGCAGUUGAAACUUGAUCUUGAGAUUUUAAAGAAGGAAAUUUCUGAGAAAUCCAAGCAUCAGGCAGACCUGGACAGGCAGCUUUCAGCUGCACACAAUGAACGUGAUUCUUUAAAGCAAGAAGUUAAACGUCUGAAAGCAGCAUUGGAGGAGUCAAUGUCAAAUAGAACUGAUGUUAGCAAUGUGAAAAAUGAAGAUAUGGUUCGUGUGCAGAUGGAACUGGAGGAUGAGCUGAACUUUCAGAAAGAUUCCAAUGUCAACUUAACUCAACAACUGAAGAAAACCCAAGAAUCAAACAUUGAGCUUGUUGCUAUACUUCAGGAGUUAGAAGAGAUCACAGAGAAACAGAAGUUGGAACUAGCUAACCUUUCACAACAGAACCAUGUAGAUAAACAUGAAGGACACAGGAGUCAGAAAUCUUUUGACAAUGAGGCUGAAUGGGAGAGAAAACUAGCCCUGAAAGAAGAAGAAAUUGCUAUACUGGAGGAGAAGUUGUCCGAUAUUGCCAACAAUGAUAAAAUGUCUAGUGGACGUAAUCCUGACCUGAUAAGAGAAGUUGAGGUCCUUACAAGUAAAGUAAAUGAGUUGGAAAGGGAUUGUGCCGAACUUACAGAUGAAAACCUAGAUCUCAUAUUUAAGUUGAAGGAAUUAAGCAAGGACGUCAGAAAAGGAAACCAUACACAUGGUUCUAGGUCUAGAGAUUUUCAUGAUCAUAUUUCAUCUAAUAAUUCUGAGUACGAAAAUGGCUUGCUCAUAUCACAAAUCCAUGACUUUGAGGAUGAACUAAUUAGGAAGGAGGCCAUGUGUGGUCCAUUAUCAAGUAAGCUCAAGGACCUUGAGAAAGUAUCUGCUGAUCUCGAGAGAGAAUUACAACAUUAUAAGGAUGAAGCUAGUGAUCUUGAGAUAAGGCUCCACCAAAGACAAAGGAAAUUAGAAGAAAAGGACCUAGAGUUAUACAAUCUACAGCAAAAAAUUAAAUCAAGCCUCGAAACUGACUUGGAAGGUUUCAACACUUUUGCUAUGAAAGGAUUUGAAGAAGUUGAGUCAUUUGGCUGCUCAGAUAUGCAAAAUGUUGUGUCUGAAAUGGAUAAACAAAUUCGUCUUGCUCUAACUCAAGUUAGAAGCUUGCACUCUAAUGAUAGUUCUGAUGCAGAUAAAGCACGUGGUAGUGAUAUUGAUCUUACAUUUCCUGGUGUAGAUCAUAUCGAUCAGAAAAAUCAGUUAGAGUGUAUUACAAAAAGUUUACAUGAGUUGAAUGCUUUAUUAAGAGAGAACAUUCUAAGAUGCAACCCUAUAUCUCGAGGUGCAAGUUCUGGUCUCAGCCAGAGAAGUUCAAACGAUACAGAAGCUCCAGAGCACCUAAAAGAUGAAAGUUCUACAACACAAGAACCUGAAGAUGAGUUCCAGUCUACCUUGUUGCUAAAGGAAAAAGAGAUAGAUAGACUUGGACAUUCUAACAAAGAGCUAGCAGAUCUUAUUAGCAGUCUUCAGAAAGAGAAAUGUCAACUGGAGGAAGAUUUGGCUUCUUUACAUCAAGAAAACAUUGAUAACUCAAAAUACUUGCAAGACAUGGAGCAUGAUUUGCUGGUGCUUACUGGUAGUGUGAAAUCACAUGUUUCUGUUAAUAAAACUCUUGAAAGAAAGUCGGUGGAACUUGAAAGUUGCAACAAAGAGCUGGAAUUGCAUGUUUCUGAGCUUGAACAAGAAAAUGUAAAAUUAUCAGAACGCAUCUCUGGGUUAGAAGCCCAACUAAGAUAUUUGACAAAUGAGAAAGAAUCUAAUCGAUUGGAACUGGAAGGUACUCGAUCAUUUGCUGCUGAUUUGAAAGAUGAAGUUGAACAACAGAAAGCUGAAAUGGAGAUGCAGAAAGCAGAACUAAAACAAAAGCUACAAGAGACACAAAAGCGCUUAUCAGUGGCUCUAGAGGAGUCAGAUUAUUCAAGCAGAUCAAACUCAAAACUACAAGCUACAAUUGCAAGUCUCAUUGAAGAGUGCAGCUCUCUUCAGAAACUCAAUGGAGAUUUAAAGAAGCAGAAACUGGAGUUUCAUGAACGCAUUACACAUCUUGAAAUUGAAUUAGAUGAAUCCAAAAAGAAAAACUUCGAUUUUUGCAAGCAAGUUGAUCUUUUAGAAAUAAAACUUUCUUUGCUGCAAAAAGAUGUUGCACUGAAGGAGAAGUCACUACUGUCACAACUUGAGCACAUUUUUCAAGAUCAUAAGGAGCAUGAAGAAAGAAUAGAUAAGGCACACAGUUUGUUAAAUAAGAUUGAAUUGGAAAAAACAGUUGAAGUAGAGAACCUCAGGAAAGAGAUGUCUAACCUUACUGCACAAAUGUCAUCAAAUCAUGAUGACCAAGAAAAAAUAACAUCAGAUGCAGUGCAUGAAGCAUCUAUCCUGCGUUCAGAUAAAGUUAAACUUGAAUGUAGUCUUCAGGAAGUCAAUUCAAAAGUUAAGCUGUACGAGACUGACUUACAAACUCUCCGGCAAGAGUCCAAGAAUAAGAUUCAAGGAUUAGUUGAUUUGCUUAAUGCUUCUAAACAGAGUGAGGAAAUGUUAAUGGCUGACAUUGAGCAUAUACAACGAACAAUGGACAGUGUCAAAUCUAGUGAAGAGAAACAUAGAAAAAUGGUAAAUGAUUUAGAGUUGAAGCUUAAAUCUUCUGAUUAUGAAAAACAGCAAGUAAUGGAAGAGAGCACUGGGUUAAAACUUCAAUUGCAAAAGUUGUCUGAACUUCAGAAUUCAGUCUUAGACCUUAAAGGCUCUCUUGAUGGGGCAGACUUUGAAAAGCGAAAACUGGAGGAGUUGUUGAAGUCAGUGUCGGAAGAAUAUGAAGAACUGAAAGCAGAGAAAGUUUCCUUGACAGAGAAAGUUUCUAAUAUGCAGAAGGCUUUAUGUAAUAGUGAAGAUGACAGGCGCAGUAGAGUUGUUUUGCAAGAAAAACUUUUGAGGUUGGAAAGUGACCUUUCAAUAAAAGAAGCAUCUUAUGCCCAGGAAGCAGAGUUUAAGAAUGAACUUAAUCGGAUAAAGCGGACUAACAGUGAGUACCAAAGAAAGGUUCAAAGUCUUGAGCAGGAAAAUCUUGAGUUAAUGAAGAAAGUUCAGAUAAUGGAGAAGGAUCUCAUGCUGAGAAAAACAUCCUGCCAGGAUGAGAAAGUUAGUAGUGAGGAUGACGAUAAGCCGCAUAGCCAUCUUGAAGGGCCACAUUGCAGUAAGGAAGUUCACGAGCCAGAGAGACUGUUACUUGAAACCAAACAUGCUGAUGCUGUGGAGGCAGAUAAUAUGGAUGAAGUGCAACAUAAAAGAGUCGUCUCAGGGAAGGAAGCUGAUCACCUUCUAAAGAACAAUGUGAAUGAGAACACAGAUAAGAUCUCCUCUUUAGAGGCAGAACUAAGAGAGAUGAAAGAACGGUAUCUUAAUAUGAGCCUUCGAUAUGCCGAAGUGGAGGCUCAGCGUGAGGGCCUGGUGAUGCAGUUGAAGUCUAUGAAAAAGGAGAAAAGGUGGUUCUCAUGAAACUCUCAUUCGUGACCACAUCUUCCCCCUGCCUAGACUACUACUUGGCAUUCUUUUUCCUGUAGUUUCUGUGUAUGCCAUUCAUCAAAGUCAAUAAAUUUACCCCUCUCUUUUGUUAAUUUACAUUAGAGUGUCUAAGUAGGUAUCCUAAUUUAAGACUUGUGGAGAAACUUUAUUGUAUAGAGAAACGAUUAUGAUCUCUUGAAUGUUAGUGUCAAAGUUCAAGUAACUGAUAUCCCAUUCAAAUUGAGCAACAUAAUUUUGGUCUAUUAAGUACUUCAAAACUA